AUGAUGGAGGUAUACAAUGAGAUGCAAAAGUUCAAUUUGGACAUAUUAGCCCUGCAAGAAGUGAGAUGGAAAGGAUCAGGGAGAAUUGACAAAAAAGAUUUCAGCCUGUACUACAGUGGAAACCCAGAAAAGUCUGGUAUGUAUGGAACAGCAUUCAUGAUAAAUGCUAAUCUAAGGAAAAGUGUGCUAGGUUUUGAACCAAUAUCAGACAGAGUAUGCAGAAUAAGAAUCAAAGGUCGUUUCUGGAAUACAUCAAUGAUCUCAGCCUAUGCUCCCACAGAAGAGGCACCAGAAGAAGACAAAGUAACCUUCUACGACCAAUUAGCAGGUUUAUGUGGCAGAGUUCCAAAGCAUGAUAUAGUGUUAUUACUAGGAGACUUUAAUGCAAAGAUAGGGAAAGAAGUCUUCCUGGCAGAGGUUGCAGGAAAAAAUACCCUUCAUGAUGAAUGCAACAAAAUGGAAGAUUGCUUGCUGAGUUUGCUGAGGAACAUUAUCUUGUUAUUGCCAGCACAAAAUUUGAACACAAAAAGAUACACUUGGGUACUUGGAAAAUGCCAGGAACAAAUCUUGUAA